AUGAGGGCCUCAGUUCGGGUGCCUGCGCUGACGACCAGCAUGCUCACAGCUGGUGUCGCAAUGUCACUGUGGAACAAGUACCAAGACAUGAUUUGCGUGGAGAAUUGCGACAAUCCCGACGUCAGCAAGCAUAUACAUUACGAGCAGCCUGUUUGGCAGACGCUCACCAUGUUUUGCUUUAUCCCACUGGCGUACAUGUCGUAUAGGGCACGUUCGCAUGCUUCAGCAGAAGAAUCAGAAGGCACUCCACUGCUAGACCGGCCCCCAGCGAGGAAACAAUCCAAAUGGUCGCUUUUCCUGUGGUGGAUUCCAGCUCUAUGCGACGUGACAGGGAGCACACUGAUUAACAUUGGUCUAUUAGCCACACCCGUCUCCAUCUUCCAAAUGACGCGCGGCGCGCUGCUCCUCUUCGUCGGUAUCGGGAGCGUCCUCUUCCUCGGGCGCCGUUUUUGGCUGUACCAAUGGAUUUCGCUCAUCAGCGUGACCUCGGGCAUAGGCCUGGUAGGCUAUGCCGGGUCGCUCAUGUCCAAGGCGCACGGGCAGGCGAGCGAGGGGUCGUCGGUUACCUCGUAUCUCUCGCAGCGUUCUUACCUUCUAUCCAGCCACGCAACCCAGCUCGUCAUCGAAGAAAAAGUGAUGACUAUGCACCCCAUCUCGCCGCUCGCCGCGGUGGGGCUCGAGGGAGCCUUCGGCGCGUUCACCGUCCUCCUGCUCAUGCCCGUCCUCUCGCUCCCGCGCAUCCGCGCCUUGUCCCCGUACUUCGAGCUCUCGAAGGGCCUGCACCAGAUCCUCAGCGUGCCCGCGGUCUUCUGGUCCGGCAUUGGGUUCGCGGUGUGCGUCGCGUUCUUCGACAGCAGCGGGCUGAGCCUGACCAAGUACGCGAGCGCGACGAUGCGGUGUCUGCUGGAUGCGCUGCGGACGCUCGCGAUUUGGUGCGUGAGCCUCGCGCUCGGGUGGGAGCGGCUCGCGUGGCCGGUGUCACUAGUGCAGAUGCUGGGCUUUGCGCUGCUUGUGUACGGCACGUUCCUCUUCAACGGCGUCUUCAAGCCGCCGCCAUUCAUCCCGCACCCGUCGCGUAUGGUCAAUAUCCCUUCCGAGCUGUCUCACUCUGCGCGUGAUGAGGAGGGAUAUUCGGACUCGUCCGUUGCUGGUGGGAUUGAUGCGGUAGUUCCGCCGGGUGGGACCACAAAGAUCGGGUUCGUGGUGAAGAGCACUGCGGAGCAGAGCCACUAG